AUGAGCCUGGAUGAGAAGUUCGACGCCUUCAAGAUCGAUCAUGGAAAGAGACAGGCGGUGGAGCACAAAGUCUUCUCCUCAGAUGACUCCGAGCACGUCGACGCCAUCGCAACCGAACGAUACGUACGCCAGCUGUUGAAAGAUCCGAAGAACAAGCUGGGCUUGUCGGCGUUUAGUGCGAACAAUCCGGCUGCGGUGUUGGAGAAGCGAUCGACGGUGUUGAAGGAUACACAAGCUUUCAAUGUGAAGAUUGCACACGAAGGUUCGCCGGUCACGAACCAACGGUCCAGUGGAAGAUGCUGGAUUUUCGCUGCAUGCAACGUGUUCCGAGUCGCUAUUCAGCAGAAGUAUCAGAUUAAGAGCUUCGAGUUGAGUCAGUCGUAUCUCUUCUUCUGGGACAAAGUUGAGAAGGCGAACUACUUCCUUGAGUCAAUCCUCGAUACCUCAGACGAAGACGUGGACAGCAGACUGGUCAGCGCCUUGAUGGCGGGCCCUGUCGGCGAUGGUGGACAAUGGGACAUGAUAGUCAACCUCGUCUCAAAAUACGGCAUCGUCCCACAAACCCUCUACCCAGACAGCUGGAACGCCCAAAACAGCGGACGGAUGAACACAAUCCUCACCACGAAACUCCGCGAAGACGGUCUACGUCUCCGGGCCCUCCAAGCGAACGCCUCAUCCGACGAAAUCGACCAAGCCAAAGAAAGCAUGAUGCAAGACGUCAUCCGAAUCCUCACGCUCUGUCUCGGUCCACCACCAUCCGCCAACGAGAAGUUCACCUGGGAAUUCUACGACAACUCGAAUGCGUUCAAGACCGUCUCCAUGACGCCGCUGGAAUUCGCCAAUACGACUCAUGUCAAGAGGUUCAUUUCUCUGGUCAACGAUCCGAGGAAUGAGUACAAUCGCCUGUUGACUGUUGAUCAUCUCGGUAAUGUGUGGGGUGGACGACCGGUGACUUACGUCAAUGUCGACAAGACGGUGUUGAAGAACGCUGUUGUGGCUAUGCUGAAGAAAGGACUUCCUGUCUUCUUUGGCUCGGAUGUGGGUCAGCAGUCGGAUUCGGCCAAGGGGAUUAUGGAUACUGAUCUCAUUGAUUAUGAGCUUGGUUUCAAUAUCAAGCUUGGUUUGACCAAGGCUCAGCGACUGUUGACGGGUGAAAGUCAGAUGACCCACGCCAUGGUGCUGACGGCGGUACACCUUGACGAGGACAACAAGCCUGUGCGAUGGCGAGUGGAGAAUAGCUGGAGCGAGAACGCUGGAGACCACGGCUACUUCGUUGCGUCGGACAAGUGGAUGGACGAGUUCUGCUACCAAGCCGUGGUGGAUCCGAGUGUCGUUUCGAAGGAAGUGAGGGAUGUGCUGAAGCAGAAGCCGAAGCUACUGAACCUUUGGGACCCGAUGGGCGCGCUUGCGUAA